AAGGAGCCGCGCCGGCGCGGCCGCCCGCUGGCCGUGCCCUCCCCGGCCUGCCCCCUCGGCGCCCGUCCCUGCCCAGGGCAGGCGGCGGCCGGGCAGCGCGCCUCAGCGCGGCGCCGCCAUGGCGCUGGACGUGGAGGCGGCUGGCGCUCCCCUGAGCUCUUUCCUGAGGGACUUCCCGGCGCCGCUGGGCCCGGCGGAGCCACUGCCGUGGAGCUCCGCGGGCAGCGGCGCCCUGAGCAAGGCCGAGGUGCCGGGCGCGCUGGCCGAGCGGGCGAGGAGCCUCCUGGGCGGCAGAGGUGUUUCACCACUUCUUGCAGCAUCAUUGAUCCAUGCUGCGGUUGACGAAGUUCUCCAAACAGACUUGACUGAAUUUAAGCAGCAAAGUGUGGAAACAGAGGGAGAAGGAGAUGAGGAAAGGUUCACCUUGCUGGAUGGAGAGUCAUUGCAGCGCUGCUUCUUUAACAAGCUUCGGGAUGUUUGCUUUGAGUGGCAGAAGCAGCUGCCACCACUGAGACCACUGAAGCGAUUCCUGCUUGUUUCCAUCCACGCCAUCCGUAACACUCGCCGGAAAAUGGAGGACCGCCAUGUUCUGCUCCCAGAGUUCAAUCAGCUGUUUGGUUUAUCAGAUGACGUUGAUCGCGCUUACUUUGCGGUAUUUGAUGGCCAUGGUGGAGUGGAUGCUGCCAAUUAUUCAGCAACCCAUUUACAUGUAAAUGUUGGGCUACACAAAGAGAUUGUUAAGAAUCCAGCUGAGGCCUUGAAAUGCUCUUUCCAGAAGACAGAUGAAAUGUUUCUUUUCAAAGCCAAAAGAGAGAAGCUGCGGAGUGGUACAACAGGUGUAUCUGCAUUGAUUGUAGGAAACAAGCUACACAUAGCAUGGCUAGGGGACUCACAGGUAAUGCUUGUGCAGCAAGGAAAAGCUGUGACGUUAAUGGAACCUCACAAACCAGAGAGAGAAGAUGAGAGAGCACGUAUUGAGACUCUGGGUGGUUGUGUAACCUAUAUGGACUGCUGGCGGGUUAAUGGUACCUUGGCUGUUUCCAGAGCAAUUGGUGACAUAUGUCAGAAACCCUAUAUCUCUGGUGAUGCAGAUGGAGAUUCGUUUGAGCUGACUGGUUCUGAAGAUUACUUGCUCCUAGCCUGUGAUGGAUUCUUUGAUGCUAUCAAGCCAUCUGAGGUUGUAGACUUGGUCCUAGAUCAUUUAAUGCAAACCAAAGGAGUGGGUCUCAAAGCAGCAGAGAGACUGGUGGCUGCUGCAAAGGAAAACGGAUCCAGUGAUAACAUCACUGUUCUAGUGGUGUUCUUGAGGGAUCCUCAGGACAUCUUGGCAGACUGUCUCAAAGACCCUAAGAGCCUUGGGGCUGGUGAUGAUGUUCGGAGCUCACCCUUUAAUUUCCUCAGCUGUGAGGCAGCAGCCACACAGUGACAAAAUCUGCUUAAUCCAGAGCGUUCAAGUAAGUUCACGUAAGGAGCUGCCUUCCACUGAAGAAGCCUCUAAUACAAUAGGCAAAAUGUAUCAGGAGAAAAAUGACAAAUGGACAAACAUUUAAUAGAAAGGCAAGACUGCUUUUACUGAGUUCUCAUUUGUCUUUUCCUUCCUUCCCUCUCCCUUCAAAAAACUGUGAGCAGAUGUGGAGAUUUGUACAGCUCUAUCGUCUCUGGGAGCAGAAUUCUAAAGUGUGUCUCAGGGCUGCUGGUCAUAUCUCUCUGCCCUGGAAGUGGUAAGAAACCAUAGUAUGUAUAAACUAAUGGGUGAGGAUACCUGUUUGUGAAUUCUGAGUGAAAAUCUAAAUUAGCGCUUAAAAAGAGUGUUGUAUGUUGUAUUUGCUUGUGAUGUUACUUUGGAGAUUGGGAGGAGAGGAGCUGUCACUAUCACAGAAAAGCUUGUUGCUGUGUGUGGUCUGUAGGGACAGGUUUGGUGUGCAAGAGACUGGGUGGGUUACAACAUUAUGCUAUGUAAGUUGCUUUUGUUUUGUACCAAAGAUGAUAUUACAAGAAUGAUGUGGUCUCUUUAUUCGGAGACAUUUAAUUUUUUGUGUAUGGAGAGCAGAAAAUGAAACUGAAUGCUCCAGAAAAAGAGCAAGAAAGCAAACUGGAGAUAUCCCAGGCAAAUACAAAAUUGGCUGCUUUCUGUGAUGCUCUGGUUUAUAAACUGGAAUCCAAUAUUCAACUGCACUGGAUUAUUUCUCCCUAACAAACACACUUUAUUGGCUGUUUGGCAACCUGAGAAGAAAGGACCCUUAUUGUUGUAUUUGAGGGAGAUCUUUAAAGUAUGUAUGCUGUAGCAGUUAAAUCUGCUCUUUCUGCCACUUCUUUGUGUACUAUAACAAAUGAGGAUUUUAUUUUUAUUCUGAGUGUUUAUUUGUUUAUUUACUGAACUGUACAGUUGGAGGCAUUUUUUGCAGUGUUACUUUUUUUCAUUGUGGUUUUUAUUUAAAUUAGAGUUUUAAAGUGGCUGUGUCUUUAUUAUCUGGUUUUAAAAACUGACAACCCUCAAGUGCCUUAAAUAUUUCACCCAAGGAUUGCUGGCUUCCUGUCGUAUUCUGGUGAGCCAGUUUAUAACAUUUUUAAAAUGUGACCUUUUUUAUUUCAUUAAUACUAAUGUUUAAUGCACUUAAAUGUUUCAUUUUUGUGAAUUAUUUUAGUGGGAACUAGGUUUCAGGAAAACAUCUCUUUCAUUGUUGCCAGAACUUGUGGCUUGUAGUAAAAGCUUCACAAUACUUACUGUGACUUACCCCCUGCUCCAUGCAAAAAGCUCUGGUUAGUUAAUCAUAAAGUAAUGGUCUGAUUUGUUACGACUUUCAUUAAAAACAAAUACACUUCUGACCUUCACAAGAAAAUUUCAUAAAACAAACUAGAAACAGUUUGGUAACAGUUUUUGAUUAAUAGAUGGUUAAUUUGGCCAUACUUCAUGAACUUUUGGGGCCUAAAUAACUUUCUAAGGAGAUGUGAAGCUAAGGUGAGGAUGAAAGAAUUUUAAUGAAUGUGUAGGUUGUUGUGCGACUGUUAGAUCCAUUACAUGCUGGAGCCUCUGGUUGUGUUUUGUCUUGCCUGGCUAGCAGGACUCAACAAGAUCUGAAGGCUCAAUGGUAAAUGUGUUAGUAAUUUCUGUAUCUAAACAAAAAGUACUUUACAUCUGGCAGCAAGAUUGUAUGCCUAAUUUAGAAGCACAUGGCAUUGCAAUAUGUCAGUCCUGUUGAUUAAAAUGUGUUGAACAUUAAUGUUGCUUCGGGAGGAAAUUUAGGUAGAAGAGUUGAAAUGGCUAAAUGGAAGAACAGAGCAGCACAGUUCAUGUUCGUAGUGUCUCUGAAUCUUUAGCUGUGUGGGGCAGUGCAGUUACCUGAGCGACUUGAGUAUUUUGCUGGAUUAGUGUGGAUGAUUGUAGGGUUUAACAGAGAAACACCUCGGUGAGCUACCAUCUCAUUACAUAGUAACUUGGACAGUGGCUUCCUUGUUUGCUGGGCAACAACAGGAGCUUUUCCUCUGAGAAGGUUGCAAGCACUUUUCCAUCCUGCAUUUUGCUGUCCUAAAAUAACGUGGGCAAGGCUUUCUGUGAUGGCACCCUGGUAGGGUAGGUAGUAAUUUUUGUAGUGAACCUACCUGAGCUAAGGACACCUUUAGACUUCAGUUGUAAUACCUUUGGAUUUACCAUCUCCUAUCUCUUUAAUUUCUAACCCAGAUAUUCAGUGUUAUGCUAAAUUCUGAUGACCACUAGUGCCUCUUGGUGUCUUGGAAAUAGUUCUCAUUAAUGUUCUCACUGUUAUCUGAGGUUUAUCAGGAGACGGAGAAGCUAUUGUAUUCAUGAAGGGAGAUGUGAAAUGUUGGUAAGUUUGGUUUCAUAGUAUGGUUUAAUUUCUGAAACUUGCCAAAUUUCCUGAAACAUUGAAGGUGAACAAGCCAAACUCUUUGUAAUGAUCCUUUUAUUUCAAACUUUUUGGGGCAGAUUUCCCUUACAGAGGAAAAGGUCUUAGGUCUUUCAAUGGAUACUUAUAGCUAUCUGAGAAUAUCCUUUUUUGUUUCAAAAUAUGAUAGAUUUCUUUUUUUUUAAUGGGAUCUAAGUGAAAUGGGCUUUUAGAAUCCUGUCUGUGGUAAUCAAAUAUUUUAAUUCUUAAGCUGUGCUCUAGGGAAUAAAUUCUGCAUUCUGAGAAGCUGUUCCCUUAUAUAGAUGUUUUCAUUCAGAAUGACCUAGUGCCUCAUUUUCAGAUGUGAGUGGAUAGGAACAGUCUUUGGGAACUCAUACAGAUUUCAGAAACUUCUUACUAGCUUUGAAAGGUCUGGUUGGGUCUAUAGGAGUUGUAAUUGGGUCAAAAAUGGCAGUUUGUAUCCUGUCAGUGGAAUAAGUAAGUCUUAAUGUGUAGUCUACAGUAAAAUUCCAAAUACUAUUUGGGAGGAAGGUUGGUUUUGGAGAUGUCUCAUCUAUUCUUGACAGCCCGAUCAUAACCUACGGAAAUGUCUGUCUUUUUUUUAAAAAAAAUAAACCACUGAAAAAUCAACAUUUUAAUUUGAUGUUAAAUCAGCAAUGAAAGCGUGACACAGAAUGCAAGUAUGGAUUUUGGAAGUGCGCUUCUAAAAUUCUACUGAAAAUGGUCAUCAGGAUGGUCUUCUCUUGGGAUGACCAGGCAACCUCCAACUUUUUUUCACUUGUGACUUUGAUACCACUUUUAGAAGCCACCAGUUAUAAUGCAUAAUACUGUUGUAAGAUGUGCCACUAGUAUGAGUGGUGAGGAGAGAGGGACAGGAGCUCUAGCAGAAGGUACGAAGUUAAACUGUGUAGUUCAAAAUAUGGAACGGUGUUAGGUUUUGAAUUUGCAGUACUAAUCUGCUACAUUAGCUUUUCUUAUAUCUCUCCUUUUAAAACUUCUUGGAUUUCUGGUGUUGGCUGUUUUGUUCUGUUUUCCUGCCCUCCUUUGGUUAAAAAUAGUAUGUAGUUUGGGUGAGAGAAUGCUCUCACCUCUCUGGGCCUUCCCAGUGUCAUCUCCAAUAUACUAACACUUGUCCACCAAUGUCAAAUUGACUAAUGACAAAUUAACUAAUUUGCUUGUUUCCUUGUUGUCUUUCCUGAUGGAUCUGCAACGAAAUUCUUGAGUCUAGCCAAAAUCCUUGAAGCUGCAGAAGUUAGCUGAGGAUUCAAGGCAAAUGUUCAAUGAAAAAUAAAAGUGUUUUCAUAUUUUAUUAGACUCCAAAUGAAUGUUUGCUGCUGUAUUUUUAACAUCCAGCAUCAGAAAAAUUGCUCUUUAAAGGAGCCUGCAUUUUUAAAACAGAACACACUUAAAUUCUUAUUGUGUUUGGUUGAAAACUAGCUUUAGUCAUGCUGCGUAGUGGGUAUCCAGCAUCUCUUUUGCUUAUGGCUAAUUCAUACUUCUGUCUUUCUUUCCCUUCCCUGUCCCACCCUCUCCUACGAAGAAACACACCUAAGACAGUGAAGUCUUCUGGGUCUGACAUAGACAAGAUUACAGUUUUACAAAUUAUGUUUGUUGGGGGCUUGGUUUGGGUGGGGUUUUUUUGAGAAUACAGAGGACAGAAAUGCAGGAAAAUUUUUAGAACAGAGGGAGAUUAAGUAAAAUCCACCCUCUGAGUGAUGGAGGAGUGAAAGAGAGAGACAGGAAUGCAUUUAAGUAUUAUUAAUGCCUAUUUUAAAAUGGAAGUGGGCUGGAAAAUAGAGCUACAAAUGUCAGUUCUUUCGAGUGAAAUACCAGUGCUUGAAAGGAUUGGAAACACACCCAUUAAAAAGGCAAAACUCAGAUGUGGUAGCUGUCUUCAAACAGCCAAGGAAGGAAUCACAGUAAAAGCAUCCGAGGUGACUUACUGUGACCCCUCAACACUGUCUUGGAAGCUAAUGAUGCUAAAUGGGUUUUUCUAAGCAUCCUUAUGUGUAAGGUAGUGCUAAGAGGGAGCAUUCAGUAUAUGCAGUUACUGGUCACCGUGCAACUGCUGCCAUGAGUAAAUGCCAUGAAGUGUGUUAAUGAAUCGAUACGGCUGGUGAGCUCUCAGAAGAUGAGUAAUUGGGCACGGAGUGGUUACAGCAGAGUUGGCAGUUGAAUAGUGUUAAUCACAGUGAUGACUUUAAUAGCAUUUAAUAGACACUUAUCUGAAUUCAAAGUCAGAUGAGAUACUGCUCUUUUUAAAAGCAUUUCCACUGCUAUUAGCUUUCAUGAAAAGCCACUAAAAUUUCCAUAUUUUUGUUGGCUGUUGGGAAAAGUGCUUCUCUUGCUUUCUGAAUUCUGGAGAUAAGUUGGCUGUCUGCACUGGAAAACCCAUUUUGGGUUGACAGCUUAAAGCAGCUGUUUGGGGUUAAAACUUCCCUCCCAGGCAAUCCUUUAAAAACUUAACAAAAAGGUGCUUCCAAAACAAGUGGCUGAGGAACACAGGUACUUCUAAAUGGCACUGCACAAAAAACUCUUAAACUGUAAAGCCCAUAGACAAUUGAGCUGCUUGAAGUAUAAAUUCAGAUUGCAGCUCCACUCUUUGUGUAAGUGAGACUCUGUUGGUUAAAUUACUCAUACUCUUGUGGAUGCAGGUACUUAAUGCACAGCACCAGAUAUGUCUAUUUCUGUUCUUAUAGUACUGAAGUAUCAAGCAAAUGCUUUAGGGAGAAGGCGGGGGGAUGUUAGCCACAACAGAGCAGAUUGCAGAUGAUUCAUAUGUAAUUUAGCUCUAGUUAAGCCUGAAUUAAAUUUCCCUGCUUACUUCUUUUUCUGUCCCUUUUACAACUGGGCCUGUGCCAUCAGACAAAAUCCUACUAGGAAGCAAUAGUCCAUUCCCCCUUUCUGAGGAGCAAACAACUCCUGAUGGACAAAGUGUCAUUCAGGAAGGGUUGGAGAGGGAGAAAAAUGAGCUUUCAAAUGAGUGCAAAACUUGCCAAUGUACGCUAAGUGAUGUAUGCUCUAUGAGCACACGUUUCUAGCAGGUCUGAUCGCAUUUGAAUAGUUGGGCUGGAAAACAAUGGGCUUUCUGCCAAGGGUAGUCAUAACCUUCCAAAACUGACAGCACCAAAACCAAGGGGCUAGUCCUCCCUGCUUUCCUAAAUGGAGCCCACUAAAACAGCCAGCCCUCUUGAGCAUUUGCUUUGAAGCAUUGACAGUUCUAAGAGCUAAGCCAGCCGCUUUCUGCAUAUGUUUUGAUUGUUUGUAAUACAUUUACUGGAUUUUACUUUAUCUAAAGUUAUUUUUAGUGGUAUCAGUCAUGUCAUCUGAGGAGUAAUCGAAUGGAGAGAUGAGGGAGAGUCUGGACCUGAACACUUAUCUGUCAUAGACCUUCUUAAAAUACUACCUUAAAACGGACUGGUAGGCUCUUGCAAUAACCUUAUCUGAAUAGAACAGGAAACCAAAAUGUUAGAGAGAAUCACUUAAACCUUUAUUUUGGUGUGACCCAUCAGAACCUGAACACUCACACAAGACUUCCCCACAAACUGAUCAAUGUUGCUAGUUUAAUGUGUUUUCCAAGCUGUGCAUGCGGCUGCUGGAGCACACAAAAAUAAACAAAAGACAGCUGUGUUGGCAGCAUAGAAAAUUCAGCAAGAUGCAGCUUUUGUCAAACAGAAGAGGACAAAAUCAAUAAGAAAAGAAAUUUUUUCAAGCUUCUUGGAAUGCAAACAAUGGUAUGAAAAAAAGCAACCUAGAAGAGUUGGCAGUGCACUGUCAGCUGAAAAUCACUGUUUUAAGCAAAUGAAUUUGGCUGCUUUGUAAUGUCUGCUUUAUUUUGUUAACAAACUCCUCUCAGUCACGGUUUUAUGUCUUGUUGUUAUGUGCUUUUUAGUCUGAAGAGAGAAGAUAUAUUUAACUUUCUAAGGAGCUGAAUGUAUCUGGGCUUUGUAACCAGUUAGAUUAUGAUUAUUGAAUUUUCUCUCAAGUAUUACGCCCGAUUACUAAUUUCCAGGAGAUAUUAAUAUAGCAAGUACUGGACUUAACUAAUGAUUAAAUGGUUCUGGAUUUCCACACACAAGAACAUCAGUCUUCCCUGAUCUAGCGGAUCUUCUUGAAGUUCAUUAUCAUUUGUGUGGCAUGUGGAAGGUUUGUCACUUCAGCGAACAGCUGGAAGGUGUGACCAUCGCUCCCUGCAGGAAGUAUUUACCUUUUUAUCUAAUGAGUAAUGGUUCCUUUUGGAUGUCUAAGGAUGAAGAGAUAAUUGCUGGGAAACUAGAGAGAUCCAAUGGGGACCUUCUCAGGGCAGUGAAAUACUAUGACUUCCUCUUUUUCAUGUUGCCCCUUCUAACUUUGUUAAAAGGCAUUCUGCUUAAUACUGGAUGAUUAAGGCUGCUUUCUCCUCCCUCUCCCCUUUUUUUCCUUUUUUUUUUUUUCCUUUUCAUUGGGUUUAAUAAUAGCAAGAUGUUUGUUUUAUUGGGGGUUAAAACUUCAUACUGGCAAAAAAAGGCCAGUGUAAAGUUUUAAAAUUAAGUACUUUGAAAUACCUUUUCUGAAAGUCAGUCCUGUUCUGUCUCCUUCUUACUCUCUUCCCAAUUUUCUUCUAUCUUUUAUGUCCUUUUACAUUGUCAUCCCCCCUCCCCAAAAUGCUGCUCUUAGACUGUAAGCUCCAUUAGCUCUUAAGUCAGUUUAGUUGCCACUUUAUAAUUUCAAUUUCAUCUGUGUUCUCAGUGAAUGUGAUCUGAUCUUUGGAGUUGGAGGUCUGCAACACCGUGAGUGUAGAAAGUACCAUGUCAGCUAGGAAGAUAAGAGAUUACAACAACUGUUGUGUCUUUGGCAUUGACCAGUAUUGGAUGUGUAAGAAGAAAACCCUGUUAUUUGCAUGUUAUUCUGCAGGAAUACUUAAGCUUAUUUCAGGUAACAGUAGCUCUCGUCCUGAAUACAGGACUUCAGAAAGAGUCUUUUCUCUGUAUUUCCUUGUUCCUGCAGUUUGUGUGUUCAGACAUUUGCACUGUUUAGAAGCAGGGGGGGCUUUCUAACUUUCUUUACCGCUUCAGUUCUUUCUCUUUCUUGCCCUAGCUGACGGAACAGGCAGGUUGGUAACUGCAGCAUACCCCAUGGCUAAUCAACCUCUCAGUCAGUGUAACUCUUCAGUGUCUGCUCUGUACAGUAUCUUCAAUCCUGUACUUAUUUAGUGGUAAGUUAGACUUCUGUAACUACUCCUGCUGACUUAAAAAUAUGUGUUCUUAUCAGUAUUAAAAUAGUACAAGAGCAGAACUGUUGCUUUAGGCACAUUUCUUGCCACUGUGUUGGCUAACGAACCUUGAAUGAAAGUAAGAGGGCCAGUGACUUUGAAAUAGGAGCUGUUAGCCAAGUGUUGUAGAAUCUUAGUCCUUAUUUAUUUUGUAUGCUAAUCUGCACUUGUGACCCUGAGCAGAAAAGCUGCAGUACAGCAGGUUUUAUAAGCUGUGGCUUAACCAGUUAUCUAGUAUCUUAAAACUCUUAUUUAAGCUGACUGGUUUUGUGCACAGGUCAGAAACCUGUUGUCAUUGAUCCUUAAAUGCUAUGCAUAUUGUACAUUCAUUUACAUGGAUUGUUCUAAUAGUGCUCGUGUGUAUUAUGCUACAUUACCAUAUUUUUUUAUAUAUAUAUAUAUGUAUGUAUUGCAUGAGGUUUCAUUGUUGGUUUGGUUUUUUUUAUUGUCACUUUUGUAUUCACACAGUGCCUCAUGUAUCUGUUUGCAUAUUGCAAGAAGUUGUUUCAAAGCAGUGAUUGGGAACAGGUGGGGAGAACUCUCCACUGUAUGAUCUGAUGUUUCUGAAGUAUUAAUAAAGUAUCGUGAUUCGAAGUA